AUGUGUACACAAAACGAAGAUGUCAUCAGGUCAUCUCAUCCUAUAUAUUCAACUGUUUUAAGGCGACGACGACUAUCCAACAGAUUAAAUAGGAGGUGGAGAAUAAUGUCAAAGGAAGCAGUAAAAAGGGCUAACCUGAGGAAGAUGAAGGUACAAAUGGCAAUGGACAACUUGAAGCUUUACAUAAAGAACAAGAUCAUUAUUGAAGAGAAUCAAAGGCUAAGGAAGAAAACACUUGCUCUUCAUCAAGAGAACAAAGCCUUGAUGUCUCAGCUCCUUCUCAAUCUUUAUAAUUCUUAA